GAUAUUAGAGAUUGCUUAGCGCGCAGAAUAAAUUGACAACGCAAAGCUUAUUGUUCUUUUUAUUCGUCGAAGAUUUCGUAAACCAAAAUUAUAUUCUGCUCCUCUCGAUUGAAUUACUUCUUCGAUAGGUUUGUAGGCAUAUGUUUUGUGAUUCUGUUAGCCCCACUUCAAAUUGUAAUGGUUCAUCGUCCGCAAACUACCGCAACGUGCCCAUGAGUGAUAACCUUGGACUUAAAGUCGAACAAGUUCGUUGGUUUUAUCGCGACUCCAAUAACAAACGUUGGGUACCGUUUAAUGGUUAUGAUUCUAUCAAUUUGGAGUUGAAUUAUCGAAGUCGCCUUGUCUGUAAUAAAAGCGACUGUCUGUUUGAUCAAACUGGAGCUGCAGUAUGCAACUCAGAACAGUUAUCUGUCAAUCACAAAGUAUCUGUAAGGGGUGGACUUUAUGAAGCAGAUGUAGAUAGGCGAUGUUGUGUUCCUACUUACUGGCCGGUUGAAAGGUGUCCCGCACGUAUUUUGCGCGGUACUUGGUUUCGCGAAGGUUAUGGUGGUACCCUCGAACCUUUUGAUGAUGAGUCAAUGGCUGAACGUUUAGAAGCCGAGUACAUCACUUGGUACUUGAGGAAACCUCAGAAUAUCACUAUCUCGGAUAAACCUUUGUACUCAAAUAGCAGUUUGUUCACAAGAAUGGAUGUCAGCACACCACUUCAUUCUGUUGUUAGCGCCCCAACUCUUCGAUAUGCAGAUGCUAUAAAAACAAGCGAGUUGGUUGGCGAAAAUUCUCAGUCCUCUCGUUCUGAAAAUAAAGAUUUAACAAUUGGAGUAGAAAACUAUUCAGAUGAUAACGUCUGUGGCUCCACUGUGCUGAAAAAACGAGUUCCUUGCCAAACGAUUCACUUCACUGAUUGUCAUGUCGAUUGUUAUGGAGAAAACGAGUUGUAUUUAUAUUACGAAUCCACAAGCUUAUAUAUCAGACAAAAACUGGGAAUGCAAAAAGUCGGUACUCGUUUGUGCCGUGGUUUUAAUGAUUGGGCCCUAAAGGAGGAUAAAAUCGCCGAUGUUUCUCACCUAUGUUUUGUUAUCCAUGGGAUCGGUCAAAAAAUGGGUACCAACCUUAUUCUGAACAAUUGCAAUGAGCUUCGUGAUACUUGUGAUAAAAUAAAAACUCGUUACUUUUCACAUUUGGAUAAAGAAAAUAAACGUGUAGAAUUUUUACCUGUUGAAUGGCGAACUGUUUUACAGUUAGACGGUAAUACAGUUGAAUCAAUCACUCCUGUUCAUCUUCGAGGACUUCGUACAGUUCUGAAUAGUUCUGCUAUGGAUAUUAUGUAUUAUACUAGCCCUCUGUAUCGAGCUGAAAUUAUUUGCAGUUUAAAAAGUGAACUCAAUAGGUUAUAUGAUAUGUUUCGUCGGUUGAAUCCUGAUUUUGAAUCUCGAGGCGGAAAAGUUUCAAUAAUUGCUCAUUCUCUUGGAUGUGUCCUAGUUUACGAUCUAAUUACUGGCUGGAAUCAAGUCCCUGAUAAUGAUCCAUUAACUGAAAUCUUAUUAAAUAAAUCAACUGAUAAAAAUAUUUUUUUCCAUUCAGCUUCCACAAAAUUGUCAAAUAUUACGGAUAAGACUUUAUCAAACAAUAACUUGAAUGUGCUAUAUCCUGACCAUAGACUGUCGUCUAAUGGAAACUUGGAACAAAUUGCUCGUGUUAAUAUUCGGUUGGAAACUGCAAGGACAUUGGUGAAUAAUUUAGAACAGGAAUUAAGCAGCUUACUAUUUACUCGUGACAAUCACAUGAAUUGUGAUUCUCAGAAGUCAAAUGUUAGUAAUAAUCAUCAGGACGACCAGUCAGUAUAUAGUAAACCUUCAGUAUGUUACCCAAACUCUUCACUACAUCAACAGAAUCCUUUAUUGUUUGCGGAUAAUCUAGAAAACCUUUUCUGCUUGGGCUCACCUUUGGGCGUGUACUUAGUUUUGCGUGGUAUCCGCCCUGGUCCUUUUCAAACUCAGGACUCAAUACUUCCUCGAAAAAUUUGUCCCCGGAUUUUUAACAUUUACCACCCAGCAGAUCCUGUAAACGUUUUCAGAAGCCGAAGAAAUUCUAAAAAUACUUCGGCCAGUCAGCGUCCCUUAGAAGACGGUGGAUUAAGUCAUCAUUAUCUGCCUGAAUAAUAACCAAUUUUGUUACUUAUUUGAACAUGAUUCUGGGAACUUGUGGAAUCUCAGGGUCGUAUAUUAUGAUUACACCUGCAUUUUAUAAACAAACCAAUCUUGGAAGUAAAGCUCAAUCCAUAUUUUGCACUUGUUUUUCAUUCUUGGAGUUAGAGAUCAGAAGAUUUCUGGGGACUUGGAAGUCAGUGUCUAAGCGUUCAAGUACAAAAGUUUAUCAGUACUCUCCAUUGUUUAUAUUGUCUGAACAAACUGUUCAUUUGUCAUAUGAAGAAUCUAUAUUACACUACUAUCUGUUUAUUUUUGUUUUGAAUAAACCAUGUAAAUAUUGUUAUAUUCAUGCAACUAUAGUAUGGUUUAUCAGAAGAAGGAUUGCGGAUAUCAGCAACAGUAUUUAAUGGCUUACACUGCGAAACAAUAUCAGUUAGACAACCAUUAAGAGCUAGUAAGUAUUGGACAGUUGUUUCGUUUUAGGACAGUACUCUUCAACAGUUCAUACUCAUGACCCCACCAGGAAUCAAGCCAAGCACCUUAAGGUUUCGCGGCAUACACUUAACCUUUAGACUACUAAGUCAACAACAGUAUUUGUAUUUAUUUGGUUUACCUACUAAACCUACUAUAUCCACUCCAUACACGUAUAUUAGUAUCAUUUUUGAAGAUGAAUUCAUUUAGAAUAAAAUUGAAGUUAUUUAGCAAAAGUUAUCCAAACUUCAAUCAUAUCCAAUUUAUAUGUAUUUGUAUCUAAUUAUGUAACAAUAUGCUUCCUCGUUUAAGAGACAUGUUAAACUAUAUAGUUAAACUAAAAAGAGCAGAUCUGUGUCGUCAGUGAUUUCUGUCUAAUAGUUUUAUAAAAUAGUUUUUACGACUUUAUAAUCUUUCUAUUUUUCUCUCUCAUUUCUCACUUAUUUAAGGCUUAUCGUUUAGAACCAUUAAUUUUAAAAUAUUAUUCCACCAUCCAACCAGCUCUGAUUCAUCGAGUUGACGCUGUUUCAAAACCAUGCUAUGACACACUUCCUUUGCUUGAAUAUUCUGGUAAAGAAUUCAAACAUCCAAAACCACAAAAUUGUGUAAGUCAGUAAUGAUUAUUACCAAAUACUCAUUGAUUAAUUGAUCGGCUGAUUGACUGCAUAAUAAUUAUACGUCUCUGCAGAUUGCUAUGUGAAUCCAAUAUUCGUUGUUUGUCAUCGCUAUAAUAGAAAUCGUUUCAUUCUAGACAUUUAAUAGUACAGUCACUUAAAUCCGACUGUUCGAUAGAGAGGUAGAUAUUACAACCGAAGGAGUAUAUUAACAUAAAGUACAAAGUAAACAGUUAGAGAAAUUGUUAUAGAACGAAUUCUACGAUAUGAUGUUUUAUGUUUAAUGUAACCGGAUAUGCUUGUCGUUACUUCUUGGCAAAUCGAAGGUUACUUUGACUAUAGAUAUCAGUCACAUUUAGUAUUCUAUAACAUCCACGAUAAAUAGUCUAACCUCCAAAAGUUGCUGAACUUUACAAAUAUACUAUUUUUGCUUGCGUAAUAACUUUAUUUUAAAUAAAUUUUGUUUAAAAAGUUUCGCAACUUGUUUACAUCACUGAUUGUUUUUGUCUUAGCAUCAACAAGUAGAGAAAAACCCUUGCUCAGAUACGAAUCACCUUAUAACCACACAAGAUGCAGAUUCCUCUAGACGUUCAUCGAUUGCUAGUCGAUUAUUUGGUUUCUUCUCACGAGCACCAUAUUUACCUGGUGGAAGUCAAGAAACAGGAGGAAUCGAUCUUACUCUUUCCGAAAAAAUAUCUAACCAUGACAAUGAUGAGAAAAUUAAUUCUAUAGAGAAAUGUUCUGAGUUUUGUAAUUCUACAAAUAAAAAAGAUCAAAAAACAACAGAUUCACUUACUUCAUCAUUAUCAUCUAAUGAUUUAUUUGAAAAUGAUUUAUGUUGUUAUGAACCGUUACAACUUGAAUGUCGAUUAGAUUUUGAAUUACAAGUAUCACGUUAUGAAAAUAUGUACAUUUCUCUAUUGACUUCACAUACUAGCUAUUGGACUAAUGCAGAUAUUUGUAUGUUUAUCAUGACAUAUUUAUUUCCAUUAAAACCCGGUUCAACAGAUUAAUAUCAUAAUUCCAUUUGUGUUUAUCCCUUUUGUUUUGUUUUCUUUUUAAUUUUUUGUUUACUUUUUAUUAGUAAAUAUUCCUACCGUAAGAUGUUAUGCUUUAUUUUAUUUAGAUGUUCAAUUUUGUCAUACUACUAUCUUCUUGUUAAAUAAGAUUAAAAGAUUAUCAUUCACUUACAUCAUUUGGUUGAGUUAAAACACAAUUAUUUUGUAUUUCCAUUAUAAUCAAUCCACUUAUUUAUUAAAUAAAAUUUACCAGAAACUAAGUAAGGGAAAACAGCUAAAUUAUUUUCACACAACAUUACACGUUCUGUAUAUUUGUGUAUUCUAUCUAUGAAUGAUUAGUUCAGAUCACUAAUUCUAUCCUAAAGUCUUUCAAGUAUUGUAUACUUUAUAUGUUUGUUAUUGUUGUCAAUGUCAUUGUAUUCACCAACUUUAUAUGGUUUUGAUAAUUUUAUCAUUAUCAAGACAAGAAAGUAUCAUAUAUUGUAAAUUCAUUUCUUAAAAGCUAAUUUUUCCUAACAUACUAUAUGUAUUCAUUCAUUUAUCAGAUGUGUUUUUUCUUCUAUCUUUCUCUCUCUUUUCAUUAUCAUUUUUUCUCCAUCAAUAUUUCAAUAAUUUUAUUUGGUAUAAUUGAAGCUUUUCAGUGUUUUUAUCAUUAUUCCAAAUAAUACUCAUUUAUUAUUGUAUAUAAAUUGUAGAAUGCAGUUGAAAUUUUAGGUCGAGAUCAUCUCUUUUGUUGUUAAGCAGUCGUUGUGGUUUAAUUUUGAUAUAUAUAAUUUCGAUAUAAGAGUAUAACCAGAUAUUUGAGUACGGAAAUCAAACACAAAUAGAAAGCUUUUAGUGACUAACCCGAAUAGAAAUAUAUACACACGUUUAUUCAUUGAUAUGGAAAUUCGAGUCAAACUUUUAGUCAAUAGCGUAUAUCUGUCAACCUCGAAUAAUUCAACUAAAUCUUAACCAAUGGCUUUCACUCAUUAACAGCUCUCAUCAUUUGAUCGUGAACUGAUAUGUCUGAUCAAUUCAACCUAUCACAUUACCUUUUUGAAAAAUAUGUCUGGCUUUAUAGAUCCGACUACAUGAAUGAAAGUGAGGGCACAUCAAACCUCAACGUUUUCAAUGUUCAUUAAGUGUAUCAAAUCCAGCAGUUCCGGCUAUUUUUCCGUUCAUUUUAGUAGGCGAACGAUAGAUAUUAGCAUGUAAUUUUCAUUUUGUGUUUCUCAUCUGGGAUUUUGGCCUGGACUAUAUUCGGAUAGUUGCAAAUAACUUCAACCAAAUUCCCCCAACUGUUACCAACAUUAAUCACACAUUACUAAAGCUGGAAUUUUGAAAUUCCAGUUUUUCUCUGGAUUAUCGUAACGAGUUAUAUAAUCAGUUCAAAACAGUAUACUUUUAUAUCAUUGACAGAUCUUAUUUGAAUAUUUCAAGGUCUUUAAGUCACUAUGCAAUUUUUGAUGGCUAUUUUAAUAAGGAAUGAAAUUUAUCUUCUAAAAUAACUUACAAUAUACAGUUAUGCAACUGCCAGUUCUGAUCAAUUGAUUUGUAUAUACAAAGAUUCCAAUAAUUUUAGAAUUUUCUUACAACAUUGAGAUGAUUUUUUCAGGAUUAAAAUAGUUCUGGCAUCUUUACACCAAGCAUGUACAACAGUUUAUACAGAUUCAUUCUGUUUUAUCUCUAAGUUAUUGUUAAAAAUCCAUUUCAUUGUUCCGAUAUCCAAUACACACUAGCUUGUAAAAUGUAAUUAGUUGUUGUCAUUCAACUAACAUUUUACCAUUCUAUAAGCAUAUGAUCUGACUUAGGCCUGUUACUCCCAAUGGAGCAUAGACAGCCGACCAGCAUUCUCCAAUCCACUCUAUCCUGGGCCUUCCUUUCUAGUUCUAUCCAAUUGUUGUUCAUUCUUCUCAUGUUUGUCUUUAUUUCUAGGUGUAAUUUGUUCUUUGGUCUUGAGAGUUUGCCUUGUGACGCAUUUGGGUGCUUACAGCGCUUUUUCCUGAUUUCUUCCUCCGCUGGAAUCUGGUUUGUUCUCUCCCACAGUAGGUUGUUGCUGAUAGUGUCUGGCCAACGGAUCCGAAGUAUUUUGCGCUAACGACUGUUAUUAAAUACUUGUAUCUUUUGGAUGAUAGCUUUUGUAGUUCUCCAAGUUCCCCCCAUACAGUAGAACUGUCUUGACAUUUGUUUUGAAAAUUCUGAGCUUGGUGUUGGUUGACAGACAUUUGUUUUGAGUUCGAGAUGUUCUUCGAUUGUAGAUAUGCUGCUCUUGUUUUUCUGGUCCGCGCUUUCACAUCUGCAUCAGACCCACCAAGUUCAUAAAUGAUACUGCUCAGAUAUGUAAAGAUUUGUACAUCCUCCAAAGCUUCUCCAUCAAGUGUUAUUUGAUUGAUGCAUGUUGUAUUUUAUCAGAGAAUCUUGCUUUUUCCUUUGUGUAUGUUGAGAGCUACUGCUGAUACACUGGUCGUCUUCUACAUUUGUUGUUGUGUGUUUAGAUUGUUCAGCUUCAUCCUAGAUGUCCAUUGUAUCCCAUGCUAGGAUGCUGCUUAAUGAUGUAAUAAAUAUAUCUGUUCAUCAUUUCUUAUAAAGAUUUCGUAAAAUAUAUUUUUCAUAAUAUAUAAGAAUCUAUCUUGAAAAGCAUGCAUCACUUUCUGCUCUUUCGGCAGUAACAUUUGUUCAUAUUCUCAGCUUGCUUCUUAAUUACAUACAUAUAUUGUGAGAGAAAAAAUCGUUUUAUAAUAAUUAGAAUAAUCAUCACUAUUAUUAUUAUUAUUGUUACUAUUAUUAUUAUUAUUAUUCAUUGAAAACUAUUUUAAACGAUGACAUUCGUAAGAUCUUAAUUACGAUAAAACUUUCACGAAUCUCUCUUUCUUUCCAUCUCCAAAUGUUUGUAAUUUGCAUUCCAAUUUGUAGUGUUUUUUUUAUUUUAGAGAAGUAAAAUGUUCUUCCAUCUAUUUUUCCCUUAAAACUUACGAUCAUAUUAAAUGUAAUUAUAUUUAAACUAGAAAUUCUCUCUGUUUUCUAAAUUUUUACUUUUUUUAAAAAAAUUAUACGACUUCUUCCUCGAUGUUCACCGUUUUUUUCCUUGAGCUGUUUAUGCAGAUGGUGUAUACACAAGGGUUAAUUGCCCAGUUUUGCAUAAUUUCUAAAAUAUAAAAAAGUACGGUAAUUAAAAUAAAACCUAACUGUUCUUAUCUAUGUUUAUUUUCUACAAAGUAUAUGUGAAAUAUAUUUGAAAGAAAAUGGAGAAAUAAUACCAAUGUUUUUUGAUUGGAUUACCAUUAAAUAAUGCCAUGUUGUUAUGUUUCUUAUUAUACUGACAUACUGAUGUUCAUUUACAGUGUGAACUAUUACGUAGUUUAAAUACAAGUUCCUAUGCUUCAUGUUACAUAGAACACAUUACUUUCUUAAUUUACGAGAUAUAUUUUUAUUGAAUAAAUUACAAUUUCACUAUUUCA